UCCUUAAAUCCUAUUUCGCAGUAUUUGUCCCUUUCUCUUGAAAAUUCCAUCUAAACUUAAACCCUAGCACCUAAAGUAAGAAGAUAAAGAUCUGAAAUCUUUUUUCCUCGUCAUUCUCUAACGGAAUAAUUUCAGGCAAUUCGUUUCUUCCCAACUCUAUUUGAGUUUGCACAUGUGCUGCGAUGGACAAUGGUUCUCAGUCCUCUGGUGCACAGUUUCGAUCAGUAGUUCCUGCACAGCAGGGACAGCCGUACAUUCCCCAACAGUUCCGGCCUGUUGGACAAGGAAUGCCUUCAAAUGUUGGGAUGCUGCCUGGUCAAAGUCAGACACUGCAGUUUUCUCAACCGAUGCAGCAGUUGCCACAAUGGCCAAAUCAACCUGGCCAUGCUACAGCAUCGCAAGCUGUGCCAUUGCCAUAUGCUCAUCCAAAUAGGCUGCUUACAUCGGGCCCACCACAGUUGCAGCAAACUGCCCCCCCAGUAAGUAAUCAUGCAACUGGGUUGGGCAUGUCUGGAGUUCCUCUCUCUUCACCAUAUGCUUUUGCACCAUCUUCUUUUGGCCAACCACAAAAUAAUGCCAUUGCAUCAACCCAGUUCCAGCCAAUGCCUCAAAUGCAUGCACAUCUUGUACCUCCAGGUGGUCAACCUUGGUUGCCUGCUGGAAGCAACGGUCAAUCACUUGCUACAGCAGUACAGCCAACUGGUCAACAGCCUUCUGUAUCUUCUUCCUCAGAUCCAGCAGUAAAUGCUCCUAACGUUGGUCAACUGGCUUCAUCUGACUGGCAAGAGCAUACAGCUGCUGAUGGGAGGAGAUAUUACUACAACAAGAAAACAAAACAAUCUAGCUGGGAGAAGCCCUUUGAACUGAUGACAGCAAUUGAGCGAGCUGAUGCAUCGACUGUCUGGAAGGAGUUCACCACUUCAGAGGGAAAAAAGUAUUACUAUAACAAGGUUACAAAGCAGUCUAAGUGGUCAAUUCCUGAGGAAUUGAAGUUAGCUCGUGAACAUGCUCAGCAAGCAGUUGGCCAGGGAACCCAAUCAGAAGUUGAUGCAGCUUCUCAUGCCUCAUCUACUGUUGCCGUUACUUCGGGCGAAACAUCUAACAUUGCUAUUUCAGCUAGCUCCAGCUCUUCAACAUUAUUUGGAGCAACUUCAAGCCCAAUUCCAGUCACACCUGUUUCUAAUCCUGCUGUGGUAGUUUCUGGUUCAUCGACCCUGCUUGUUGCACAAUCUUCCAUAGCAAAUACUGCUGGAGUCCAACCUGCUGUGGUAACCACUACUCUUUUACCCACUGCUGUUUCAGGAAGUACUGGUGUUACUGCUACUUUGGUUAAUGCCAAGAUGUUAACAACUGGCUUUGAUAAUCUUGCACCUCAAGUUGCUGCAAAUUCUGUAGAUGGAGCAUCCAUGCUGGAGUCUGAGCAGGAAAUGAAACAACGGAUGGAGGUUGCUGGAAAAAGUGAUGCAGAUGUGUUAGAAGAGAAAGCUGCAGAUGAUGAACCUUUAGUAUUUGCAACUAAACUGGAGGCAAAAAAUGCAUUCAAAGCUCUCCUGGAAUCUGCUAACGUUCAGUCUGACUGGACUUGGGAGCAGGCAAUGAGAGAGAUUGUCAAUGACAAGAGAUAUGGUGCUCUAAAAACACUGGGGGAACGGAAGCAAGCUUUUAAUGAGUACUUGGGUCAAAGGAAAAAAAUAGAAGCUGAGGAGAGGCGAAUGAGGCAGAAAAGAGCUCGGGAAGAAUUCACCAAGAUGUUGGAAGAGUCGAACGAGCUCACAUCAUCCAUGAAAUGGAGCAAAGCUGUAAGUUUGUUCGAAAGUGAUGAGCGGUUUAAGGCUGUUGAGAAAGCCAGAGAUCGGCAAGACCUUUUUAACAACUACAUGGAGGAACUCGCAAGGAAGGAAAAGGAAAAGGCUGAAGAAGACCACAGGCGAAAUAAAGCAGAAUAUAAAAAGUUUCUGGAAUCCUGCGACUUCAUUAAGGUGAAUAGCCGGUGGCAGAAGGUUCAAGACCGCUUGGAGGAUGAUGAAAGGUGUUUGCGUCUUGAAAAAGUGGACCGCUUAGUCGUUUUCCAGGACUAUAUUCGGGACCUGGAGAAGGAAGAAGAGAAACAGAAGAUGAUACAGAAGGAACAACGGAGACGAGCUGAACGCAAAAACCGUGAUGCGUUUCGCAAACUGCUGGAAGACCAUGUUGCUGAUGGCUCCCUUACAGCAAAAACUCACUGGCUUGACUAUUGUUUGAAGGUUAAAGAUUUGCCUCAAUAUCAUGCUGUUGCAACAAAUACCUCUGGUUCAACUCCAAAGGAUUUGUUUGAGGAUGUUGCUGAAGAAUUAGAGAAACAGUACCAUGAUGACAAAACUCGUAUAAAAGAUGCAAUGAAAUCAGGGAAGAUCACCAUGACGUCAGCAUGGACAUUUGAAGACUUUAAAGCUGCUAUUUCUGAUGAUAUUGGUUCCCCACCAAUAUCAGAUAUCAACUUAAAGCUUUUAUAUGAUGAGCUACUUGAGAGGGCCAAGGAGAAGGAGGAAAAAGAAGCUAAAAAACGACAACGUCUUGCUGAUGAUCUUACUAAACUGUUGCACAGUUUUAAGGAAAUAACUGCAUCUUCAACUUGGGAGGAUUCCAAACAACUUAUUGAAGAAAGCCAGGAGUACAGAUCAAUUGGGGAGGAGAGUGUUAGCAGGGAGAUUUUUGAGGAAUAUGUGGCACACUUGCAGGAAAAAGCUAAAGAAAAAGAACGUAAGCGUGAGGAGGAAAAGCAGGCCAAAAAGGAGAAAGAGAGGGAGGAAAAAGAGAAACGGAAAGAGAGAGAGAGAAAGGAGAAGGAGAAGGAGAAGGAACGUGAAAGGGAAAAAGGGAAGGAGCGAAUCAAAAAGGAUGAAACGGACAGUGAAAAUGUUGAUGCAACAGACAGUUAUGGCCAUAAAGAGGAUAAAAAAAGAGAAAAAGACAAAGAUAGAAAGCACCGGCGACGCCAUCAAAGUGGUGCUGAUGAUAUAAGUUCCGACAGGGAUGAGAAGGAGGAAUCUAAAAAAUCACGGAGACAUGGCAGUGACCGUAAGAAAUCUAGAAAGCAUUCAUACACACCUGAAUCUGAUAGUGAAAGCCGACAUAAAAGGCACAAGAGAGACCACCGGGAUAGUUCCCGUAGAAAUGGUGGCUAUGAAGAGCUAGAAGAUGGUGAGCUCGGCGAGGAUGGAGAAAUCCAGUAGUACUAUAUAAUCCUAAUUUUCUUCAGAUUACUAAUUAAAUGCAUCAGCGAGCAUGUAACAUCUACUUUCAAAUUUUCCCAGCUCCGCCAAAUCAUGUAAGACUGUAGUUGGAGAUAAAUGAUCGAUGUAGUUUUUGAAAUUAGGUUCAUCAUGAACUGCUGUUUUGAUAGGAUGUAUAGAAGUAUAUACUUCCGCUUUAGUUCCAGGUAUAUGAUGAUUAACAUUUUUGUUUGGCGUGUAAAUGCCAAGUAUCUUUACAGUGGGAAUGAUAGCGUUGAUAAACUGGGAUUAAUGGAAGAUGAAAGGCUUUUAAUUUCA